AAACGUGAAAUAUAAAAAUAGAGGAGGAGGUUAAAAUUGAACAGGCGUAUAAAAUGGUUUUAAGGAGUAAAAUUACGCUUCCCUGGUUGUGUUCUUCGCUAUGUACAUCAGAUCAUGUGCAUCAAUCCGCUGCUACGAUUGCAACAGCGCCAACAACAGCAUGUGCCUGGACCCCACUAUCUACGACACAGAGAGCGUACAGAAGUACCUGCGACUCGCCGACUGCGAGAAGAACCUGGUCGCCGCGCCCAGAGCUGGCCAGAACAUGUUCUGCCGGAAGAUUAUACAGACCAUCCUCCGCAAAGGCCACGAGCCGGAAGUCCGCGUGACGCGGGGCUGCGGCUGGGUGAAGCACCACCGCGCCUGUUACAAGGCCGACAAUGAAGACCACCUGGAGACCGUCUGCCAGUGCUUCACGGACCACUGCAACGCCGCGCCGCGUCACGUGGCGGCGGUGGCGACGACUGCAGCGCUGAUGAUCAGUUUGAUGUGUUAUUAAAGUUGUGUAUUUAA